AGCCGGUGCCGCAGCCCCCUGUGCCAGCUGAUGUUCUCUGCCUUGCGAGCGGCUCCACGCCGCCGCCGCCUCCGGAGGGGGAUGGACCAGGAGUGUGGAGGCUGCCCCGCCUGGCCGCUGCUCGCCCUGCUGCUCCUGGCCGGGAGCGGCCGCCAGCUCCUCUGCAGGGCGGCGGAGCCCCGGGCUAGCGGCACUUCUCGCCUGCUCCGUUUCUACGGGCAGGUGCCGGAGAACAGCCCGGCGGGGACGCCAGUGCAGGGGCUGCGGGUGCCGCUGCGGCGGCUGCUGAACCCUGGGGAGCCGCCGGGGGAGUGGGCGCUGGAAGGGGCCGGCGCCUCUCGCUUCUCCUUGCACCUGGGGCCGGGGCUGCUGCUGCUGCUGCGGACGGCCCAGUGCCUGGACCGGGAAGCCCGGCCGCGGUACACCCUGUACCUGCGGCGGCCGAGGGCAGCCGGCUCCUCUCGGCGGGCGCUGCUGCGGGUCCGGGUGCUGGACCGGAACGAUCACCGGCCUCGCAUCCCCGCCGGGCCGCCCCUGGAGGUGGACGAGCUGGCGCCGCUGGGCAGCGAGGUGGCCUGGCUGCGCGCCCUGGACGGGGACGAAGGAGUCAACGCGCUGCUCACCUACCGCUCGUGGCCGGCCGGCGCCGGCAGCCGCCUGCUCUUCGUGGUGCCCCGCAGCGGGCAGGUGCUCACGGUGGGCUCCCUGCUGGGGCGCCGCAGGCUCAGCCUCUGGGUCUCGGCGCAGGACCACGGGCUGCCCCGGCCUCUGCGGAGCCCGGCGCGGCGGCUGCAGCUGGCGGUGCGGAGAGAGGGCGCCCGCAGGGCCCGCUCGCCCCUGCCCCAGAAGCAGCCGCCGGGCUCCGGCUCCAUCUCCUACACGGCGCGGGUCCCGGCCGGGGCGCGGCUCGGGGACCCCAUAUUCACCGUGCCGGACACACGCUACCAGGCGGCCGGCAGCUGGUUCGAGCUGGCUUCUCCCGCCGCCCCAGUGGAGCUGGAGCGGGCGUCAGGCCGCCUCCACCUGAGCCGGGAGCUGCCGCGGGGGGGCCGCGCCGAGGCGCUGGUGAGGGUGCACCGGCGGGGCGGGCAAGAUGAUGACUGGUAUUUGUGUCAUGUGACAAUUAUUGCCCCAGAAGAGGAUUUUCUAUCCUGGGGUAUGUACCCAUACCCCUAUUUGGCACGUGUUGAUCCUGAUGCCCGGAAAGGCACUCUGAUCUACCAGCUUGUGGCCCAUUACAAUAACAAUGAAAACUCCAGUGUUGGGAUAACUUAUGCACUUAUUGCAGGUGGCGAAGAGCGAUUUGAAGUUGAUAUGGAUACAGGUAUUAUAAUGACAACCGGUUUGCCUUUAACUUGGAAUAAGGAAUAUGUGGUCACAGUGCAGGCCACUGAUGAAUACGGCAACAAAAGUCCUUAUGCCUCCAUCUCUAUCCUGGUUGGCUCCAGACUUCCCCAGUUUACUAACGUGUCCUACAGCGUGUUUGUCCCUGAAAGUACUCCAGCAGGAGAAAAAGUAGCAGUUGUGGAGGCUGUUUCCUUCCAGAGCCAGCCUCUUUCUUACACCCUGCUGAUGAACCCCAGUGGCCUUUUCAGCCUGAGCCAGGAGAGUGGAGAGCUCAGUUUGACCCAUACAGUGGAUUAUGAGAGCGAGCACCAUCUCUAUCACUUUCUCGUGAAAGCAGUGGAAGCUGAGAGCUGGCUUAGCAGUGUAACUGAGGUGACAGUUCACAUCACUGAUGACAAUGACUGGUCUCCAGAAUUCCAGCACUCCAUUUACAGCCGUGACAACAUUCCUGAAACCAUCCCAAUUGGCACAUCUCUGUUGCAAGUUCUUGCAACAGACUGUGACUCUGGCUCCAAUGCUGAGAUCACCUACUUCAUUCAAAGCACUGACUUUUCCAUCACGCCUGAAGGGAUCAUUAAUUCUCACCAGCAGCUGAACUUUGAGCGAGCAAACCAUAUGUAUGAGUUUGUGGUCAUAGCUGUGGACAAAGGCCAUCCUCCUCGGACAGGAACUGCAUCAGUGCGCAUCAGAAUGACUAAUGUGAAUGACGAGGCACCUGUGUUCUCUCAAUCUGGUUACAAAACAUUCCUCUCGGAAGAUGCUGGUCCCAGUACCUUAGUGGCUGCUGUACAUGCAAAAGAUCCUGAUGGAGAUGGAGUGUUAUACCAGAUUGCUGGAGGUAAUGAAGAUGGCAACUUUGAACUGGAUAGCCAGAAAGGCAUCAUUAAACUGCGCAGGAAUCCUCUACCCAAACUGAAAGGACCUCAAUACAUAUUAAACAUCACAGCAACAGAUGACAAUGCCUCUGGGGGACCUACCCCUCUGAGAAGCUUUACAGUGGUUAUUGUAGGAAUUAAUGACAUUAAUAACAACAAACCUGUCUUCAGAAAGUGCACUUACUACAGUGACAGCACCUGGGUUCUAGAAAACCAGCCCCCAGGCACCUACGUCUUGCAGGUGGAAGCCUAUGAUGCAGACCUGGGACUUAAUGGAGAAGUUAAAUAUGAGCUUAUGCACAGAGAUGGAGCUUCACCAGGCUUCAGUAUUGAUCCAGAUACUGGGAUCAUCACUACUACUCAGAGCUUUGACCGAGAGAAGCAGAGAGAGUGUACGCUCUCUGUUACAGCUACAGAUCAAGCUCAGGAGCCACUGAUUGGUGUUUGUCAAAUCACCAUCUUCAUUGCUGAUGUCAAUGACAAUGACCCGAAGUUUGAGAACAGUCGCUACCAAUACUUCCUCCGUGAAGACACCCCAGUGGGCACAAGUUUCCUCCGGGCAGCAGCUCAUGAUGAUGACCAAGGUGUGAAUGCUGCCAUCGUAUAUUCCAUGUUACAGCAACAGCCAGAAUACUUCCAAAUCAACCCCAGCACCGGCUGGGUAUAUGUGAACCAUCUGAUCUCCCAGAUAACUCGAAUCAGCCGGUAUAUUGUAGCAACAGAUGGAGGCAACAGAAGCAGCACUGUGGAGCUGACUGUAACUAUCACUAAUGUACUCAAUCAGCCCCCACAUUGGGAACAGAGCGGAUACUGGGUUACAAUCCCGGAGAACACUAUUCGUGACACCAAGAUAGUGACUGUCAAAGCCACAUCCUCCCUUGGUGAUCCCAGGGUUACAUAUAACCUGGAGGAGGGUCAAGUUCCAGAGACUAACAUGCCUGUUCGUUUCUACCUGAAGCCAAACAGAGUGGAUGGAUCUGCUUCUCUACUAGUCUCGGAACCACUUGACUUUGAGACAACUAGGUUUUUCACUCUGAGAGUCAGGGCACAAAAUGUAGCAAUGAUUCCUUUAGCUUCAUUCACCACUGUCUAUAUUAAUAUAACAGAUGUCAAUGAUAAUGUUCCGUUCUUCACAUCUUCUACCUACAAGGUGUCUGUACCUGAAGAAGCAGCUAUUGGCACAUCUGUUGCCCAAGUUUUAGCAACUGACUUGGAUUCUGGGCCAUACGGAGAGGUUCAAUAUUCAAUAUUGGAAGACCCUAGUGAAGACUACCGGUUCUUCAUCGUUGAUCCUGAGACAGGAAUUAUUUCCACCAAAGCAUCUUUUGACAGAGAGAAGAGAGGCUCUUAUUUAAUUGAAGUUCAGUCUCAGGAUUCUGCAGAGUCUGCGCGACCUGGUGUUUAUGGGCAGCCCAACACAGAUACAGCAUAUGUGAAGAUUUUUGUCAGUGAUGUCAAUGACAAUGCUCCAGCUUUCCCUCACCCAGUAUAUGAAAUCAGUAUAGAGGAGGACAAGGAAGUUGGAAGUGUUGUUGUGACAGCAACAGCAAAUGAUGAAGAUGAAGGUGCAAAUGCCAAACUGAGGUAUCAGAUUACAUCAGGAAAUGUGAAAGGAGCUUUUGAUGUUGAACCCGAAGUGGGAACCAUCUUCAUUACUCAGUGUCUGGACUAUGAACAAGAGCAGCGUUAUGAGCUCCGGCUUGUAGCCUCUGAUGGGAAGUGGGAGAAUCACACACUCAUUGCCAUCAACGUAAUCAAUAAGAAUGACGAAGCUCCAGUGUUCACUAACAAUGAGUACCAUGACAGUGUCUUGGAGGAACUUACAGAUCUGCCUGUUGUGGUUCUAAAGGUUUCUGCAACUGACCCUGAUCAAGAAGCUGACCAGAGUGCCCUUUGCUACUCUUUACAUGGACACGGGGCCAAUAGUGAGUUCUGCAUCAACGAGUACACAGGAGAGAUCUACGCAAACAAAAAGCUAGACCGUGAAAAGCGAUCCAUAUGGCGCUUUCUUGUCCUUGCUACAGAUGAAAAUGGAGAGGGACUAACUGGCUUUGCAGAUGUAAUCAUAGAGGUCAGAGAUGUGAAUGACAACCCACCUCUUUUCCUUUGCAUGUCAGAGGGCUGCUUCAUGGGGCAGGUUCCUGAAGAUUCCCCAGCAGACACCCCUGUAAUGGAAAUGAAUGCCGUAGACCUUGAUGACCCCAAAGCUGGGAAGAAUGCAGUACUAACUUACAGAAUUAUUCAAAAUGUCCAAAAUGAAAUCAACUUCAACUUGUUUUCAAUCAACCCGGUUACGGGCACCAUCUGUACUGUGCUCGGAUCCUUGGACCGGGAGAAGGAAGAGAAGUAUCUGGUGGUGGUUGAAGGAAGGGAUGGAGGCGGGCUCACUGGGACAGGCACCGCCACCAUUUUGGUGUCUGAUAUAAAUGACCACGCUCCAGUCUUUACACGGAAGAUGUAUACGGCUUUUGUCUCUGAAAAUGCAAGUAUCAACACUGAGGUCGCAAUGGUGGCUGCUACGGACAGAGAUGAGGGAGAAAAUGCUGUGGUGACAUUCAGUAUCCUCGAUGGGGAUGAUGAUCGUAAAUUCUCCAUAGAGACAGAUAAAAUCAACAGACGUGGGGCUAUUCGGUUGCGGAAACACCUAGACUUUGAGAAACCUCAUGAGAGGGUGUUUAACCUGACCGUGAAAGCUGAAGACACUGAUUUCUUCAGCAUUGCUCACUGUGUUGUCUAUGUGGAGGAUUCCAAUGACCACGCCCCUGUGUUUUAUCCCCCGUUCUAUGAAGUGAUGGCUCUGGCUGAAGAUGUGCCUCUGGGCACUAAAGUUGUGCAGGUUUCUGCUGUUGAUUUAGAUUCGGGGCUGAAUGGAAGGUUUUUGUAUCACCUGAUAAACAGGUCUAACCCAAGUGGGCAGUUCUCCGUGGGUAAUGAUGGUUGGGUUGUAGUUGCAGGAUUGCUGGAUCAUGAGGCUGUGACACAGCACCACCUUGUGGUCACAGCCACUGAUAUGGGACAACCUCGGCUGACUGGCAGUGCCACUGUUCUUGUGACUCUGCAGGAUGUGAAUGACAACGGGCCAGAGUUUGAGGCUCAGUAUAACCCAGUCGUCUGGGAAAACACUGCUUCGCCGCAAAUUGUCCAAAUGAACGAGACUUCUACUUUGUUAUAUGCUAGAGACAGAGACACUGCUGCUAAUGGAGGGCCUUUCUCCUUUCACUUACUCAGCAACUUUGGCAGCGUAACUUACUUUAACUUGCAGGAUUUCAGCAAUGGAAGUGCACUGCUCACUGCACUGCAUACCUUUGACAGAGAAGUGCACAAGGUGUUUUACCUGCCCAUUCUGAUUACUGAUAGCGGGACUCCUCCUAUGAGCUCAACCAACACGUUAACUGUUAAUAUUGGGGACCAAAAUGAUCAUCCUCAUUCUGCUGGCUACAUGGAAUGCCUCAUCUACUGCUAUGAUGGUAUCUUACCCACAACUGUACUGGGCCAAGUUCACGCACCAGACAACGAUGACUGGGAUCACAAGACCUAUCAAUUUGAAGGAAAAGCAUCAAGGUACUUUAUCCUCAAUGAUAACUCAGGUUUUCUGACUGUUAAAGAAGGUACCCCAACAGGAACUUACAAUGUAAGAGUGAAAGUUACUGAUGGUAUCUGGCCAGAUGUGGUCUCGACAGUAAAGGUGGUUGUGAAGGAAAUCAAAGAUGAUGCCAUCCGUAAUGCUGGGUCUAUACGAAUAAAUGAUAUCACUGCAGAGGAUUUUAUAUCUCAGUCUUCUGAGAGAGAAAGUAAAUACAACCAAAUGAAGAAACUACUUUCAGAAAUCAUACCAGCUCAACUUGAAAAUAUCCACAUUUUCAGUGUCUUGAAUAACCCAGGUCAAACCCGAGGCAUUGAUGUUUGGUUUACAGUUUCUGGACCACCAUAUUAUAAAGCAGAAAAACUUAACGGCAAUGUGGCAGUGUCUAAAGCACGGCUGGAAAUCAUCUUGGAUAUAAGGAUCACCCAGAUUGGCAUAGAUGAGUGUGUGACUGCAAACUGCACUCAUAGCACUGGAUGUGUCAGCAGGUACAAUUAUAGUCAUGUCCCCACAAUAAUUACUGCUGGAAGUGUCUCACUGGCAUCUGUGAUGGUCCUGAAUAGUGCCCAGUGCACCUGUGCAGCUAGAGAAAGCCAGCAUCUCUUCUGCUCCUCAUACCGGACAAACCCAUGUCUCAAUGGUGGCACGUGUAUAGACACUGACUUGGGCUACAGCUGUAAAUGCCCUGCAACUUUUGAUGGGCCUGAGUGCCAGCAAACAAAACGUACCUUCAGAGGGCAUGGUUAUGCAUGGUUCCCUCCCAUCAAGCCUUGCUUUGAGAGCCGUAUCUCACUGGAAUUUAUUACUGACGUGGCUGAUGGCCUUCUGUUGUACAAUGGACCACUAGCACGUGUUCAUCCUGGAGAAGUGGAAGACUUCAUUGCUUUAGAGCUUUCUGACAGUGUCCCAUCCCUGACUCUGAGUCAUGGCUCUGGGGUACUCUUCCUGCAGUUGUCUCAGAAAGUUAAUGUUGCAGAUCGCCACUGGCAUAAUAUAAAAAUCAUAAGUGAUGGAAAGAAAGUGCAGCUGAUCCUUGACCACUGCGUAAACGUUUCAGUUAAAGAUGAUGAUGGCAUCCUUAAGGAAAUCUCCCAGAUGGAUCCGUCUGCAUGUGAAAUUUCAGAAGAGACUCCAGGAAAUGAGAGGUUCCUCAAUGUUCACCAACCCUUACAGCUGGGUGGAGUUAAGAAGGCCUUGCCAUACCGUAAUUCACAAAAGCACUUCAAAGGGUUUGUUGGCUGUAUACGGAAUGUCAUCAUUGACAGCAAGGUCUAUGAUUUGGAGCACCCUGCAGAGUCCUUAAACACUGAGCCAGGCUGUACUAUGACUGAUGAAAUGUGUCUCAAAGCUGGGGCCCUCUCCUGUGGUAUUCAUGGCAAGUGCAUUGGUGAAUGGGGCUCUUUUAAUUGUGGCUGUUACCCUGGAUAUGCUGGAUCAAAAUGUGACAAAGUUCUCCUGGAGUGGGCCUUUGGAAGGGACAGCUGGAUUCAUUAUGAACUGAAAAGAUUUCCUAGUGCCCACAUUACCCAGGUCCAGCUCAUGGUACGCACCCGUGUUUCCUUCAGCACUCUUCUCAGCAUGGCAUCAGCAGACGGGAGUGAAUACAUCAGAUUGGAGGUGGUUGAUGGACAUUUUGGUGUUAAUUUCAAUUUGGGGGACAAAGAACAGCAUCUGAAACUGAGCACAUUACGCAUAGACAACGGCCAGUGGGUUCUGCUGACUCUGGAGCGCUAUUACAAUGAGUUUACCUUGCGUCUUAAUAAUGGCGGAGGGGAUCGUGAAGUGACCUCCUUUGUGGGUGCGAACAGAUGGUUCGAAAUGGACUUGGCAAGCAUUGUGCUAGGAAACCGCUUUCCUAACCACUCAGAGAGUGAUUUCCAAGGUUGCAUGUGUGAUGUCCAGCUGAACGGUCAGCCUCUUCUUGGGGAUGGCAAAAGCACAGAGUUCAGCUUCAUUUUGAAGCAGCAAGGCGUCACCAUUGGCUGUCAUUCCAGUGCUUGCCGCAGUCAGCCCUGUCAUAGUCCUUUCCAUUGUGUAGACUUGUGGAGAAGGCAUGAAUGCAGGUGCCCAACUGGCAAAGUAGAAGUGACGGAUAAUCUCACAGGGCUUAAACGCUGCACUUCUACACGCUGUGGACUCUGGAACUGUAGGAAUGGGGGUACCUGUGUAGCACAUUCCCAAGACAAAUUUGUCUGCCAGUGUCCUGAUGGCUAUAAAGGAAAGUGGUGUGAAAUCAGCCAGGUGAAAGCAGGAAAACCAGCUGGACUCAGCUCUGGCUCCAUCUUGGCAAUCAGCAUGUGCCUCCUUGUCUUUCUAGCUCUGUUAGUCUCUUACACAGUGUGGAGUCAGUGGGGGAGAUCAGGGUUUCGGAAAGGAGGAGUUUAUCACAUUCCUGAAGAGCAUGAAAGCUGGGAGGACGUUAGAGAAAAUGUCUUCAAUUAUAAUGAGGAAGGAGGGGGAGAACAUGACCAGACUGCUUAUGAUAUAGAUGAAUUAAAGAAACCCCUGCAAAGCAUCCCCCAGUUCUCCUCAGAAACCACUGCUCCACCCUUCAAGACACAUACUUGUCCAGAGAGAGACCCAUUUACGAAACACUCACAUCAAAGGGACUCAAAUUCUGCAGUCACCAGUAUUUCAGACUUCAAGGAAUAUGUGUCUCAAAUAAUAUACGAUGCAGACAAUGAUCUACGUAGUAUUCCAGCAGACACUAUUCACUUUUACUGCUUAGAGGGGCAGUAUUCUCUGGCAGGGAGCCUUAGUUCCUUAGACUCCUCCAGUGUUGAUGAAGAUCUAAACUAUGAUGACCUCCAUGAGUGGGGAUCAAAGUUUGACAAGCUUAAAGAACUCUAUGCGCUUUCAAAUGAACACUUUUAAAUGGAGAGAUGGGAACCCAACACAUUGCUGUAAUAUGAACUACUUAGUGUUUUGUAUAAGAUGCUAAACUGUUUCUAACUGGUUAAAUAAAUAACUUAUUUAUUGAGUCAGGCAUUUCUUAUGAAUCACUCAUCUUUCCCUUAAGUGACUGAAUACAGAAUCUUUUUGUAUGUACUGUAUAGAUAUUUAAAGUUAGAAAUUUAAAGGUUUUUUUAAUGUGUGAAUUUUCUUGAAUACUUUAAACUGUAGGACUUUCAUAGCACAGGAAUAGCUUUAUGCAAUACUUUAUUUUGUGUAGGCCAAAGUGAGUUAUUACAAACAUCCUGUAUGCAAGUACUUCAGUUAUUUUCUUCUUGGUCUUAGUGUGAUUCUGAACACUGGUGGGAAGAUUUUUAUAAAAUUGCAAACAUUUUGGACUGUAAAAUCACAACUAUAAUUAUAGAUGUUAAAUAUAAAACAUUUUUUAAAAAUUGUUUUUGUUUUUCUUUUGUUCAUAGUUGUCCGCUUCUCUUAUUUCUUUUCUCUCCCCCAGCACACACACUCUUAUAAACAUCGUCCAGACCUUUAAGGCCUUUGGGGAUGGGAUCAAACAAAGUAAACACUUGGGGAUAGCACAAAGAAGAUCAGAACAUCUUGCUGUAUAGUAUGUAUACACUUCACUGGCUUGCAGAAUAGAGUUAUACAUGUUACAUUGUAACACGUCUUCCCUAAGUGCAUGAUCAACAAAGUUAGAAACAAUGUACUAGGUCAGUUGUUUAUUUUUCAACUUCCCCUUCCACACACACUCCCUAAUUGAAUGUGAUAGCUAAAGUGAGCUGCUACCAUAAGCCUCUGGAGAGAAGUGGUGAUUUGAGCAUGGGAUUGGUGUCAGGAACUCCUGAGUUUUAAUCCUGGCUUUGACACUAGUUCCUGCGGCAGGGGGCAAGUCACAUUAAGCGAUUUCUCUCUGUAAACUGGGGACCAUACCCACUUCAUAGGGUUGAUGUGUGAGGAUCAGCUAAUGUAUUAAA